AUGAUGGUCCCUCCGUCUAGGGCGUCCUCGAACUCGCUGUUCCAAGAUGUUCCGCGCGGCAAUAAGUUAGACAUGACGAGUCCGGGAAACGGGCUAUUUGGAACCAGCGCAGCCGCCGCACCGCGUGCGGGGCGUUACUCAAACGUCAGCUGCGCCUUCGUCAGUUACCGUGGCAGUGCGUGUUCGUUAGCGGAUUACGUGGAAGACGACGACCCGAGCGCUGCUGUGCUGCGUGGUGACAGCGAUUUUAGCGGCAUGACACCGUCCGCCUCGUCGAACGCGUUCGGCCGCAGCGGCCGCAACGGCGAGGCACAAACGACGAUACCAAAGCGGAAACCUCCCCAUCUGUUUAAGCGGCUGGCGAAUGAGCUUCGAUGGAUGCACAACAACUUCAAGUACGGUUACCACUCUGGCUACACCCCGAAGCACCACCAGCAGGACAGUCCCGGCUUUCUCACUACUCCUCAGACGACGCGCGACGAUUUCGGAGUGCCGGAGGACGAGGAGGAGCUGCUGACAAUGAGCGUGCGCAGUUCCCUUCGCCGGUCCUCACGCAGCCAGAGUGCUGUGACAUCUGCGCGCGAGAGCGGCAAGAGGACCACGGCGGCAGCUUCAGCGGAGAGCGGCGCCAGACACGGACUGCAGAAGACGCGCUGGCACACCAUGGAAAACGGAGAAGUGGAAGCAAUACGGAUGCCGCGGGUGCCGCGGACCACGCCGGACCCAUACGCACCGCCAGACUGCUGUUACGUGGUGCGCCACUGUAAGCGGGAAACCGACGCAGCAGGAGAGGCGAGCCGCAGCGCGAGCUGCUCGAGCGCCGCGAGAAGGAAGCUUGGCCCUUCCGUGGAUUCGGCCGAGGAGGUGACGCUGCCUGAUGCGUACUUUUCCGGCAGCAUGAUGUCCUACACGGACAGCGAUGGCGAUGACCACGACUCGUUAAACUCUUCUUCUUCUGAGCGGGUGCGUGAAGACGACAGCAGCGACUUGGAAGAGGGGGCCACGAUGGGCGCCUGUCUCUCGGAUCGUCAGCGGGCCUCCGACGACACUCUGAACGACCUCGCCGCAAAAAGCGGAAGGAGGCGCUCCGACGCAGCGUUUAAUGACGGUUAUGAUGAGUUCUUAUGCGGUGUAGCUCAGUUGCAACGUCAAGUCCACAAGCUGGAGCAGCACACGAGCCAGCUGCGCGAACUGUACGCGCGAGAGCAGAAGGCACGGCUGCACUGCAAAAGCAAAGGGCAGCACCUUUCAUGGACGCGCACGAUGGAGGCGGCGAACACGAUCCAAUUUUGGCGUGUGAAGGUGACGCUUCUGCGUCACUUUGAGUCGCAGUACGUCAACGCGGUACGGCGGCUGCAGCAGGAGCUUCCCUUGGUCGAUCCCGCGAGUGAGACGGCGUUUUUGUCAACACUGUACAAGAAGGUGGAGGAUGUCUCUUCCCCCCUCAUGCAGUCUCGUCGUAGAUUCGUGCAAUCGUCGCGCGUCAUUGCCGCGCAGCGGAAACACCUACGGGCUCUCGGGGAGCAGCUACAGAGCUGCUGGCAGACGAACGCCAACCUGCGCGAGGAGCUGCGUCAGUUCGAGCAGUGGGAGAUGCGCAACCCGCACGACACCUUCGCCGUGGCGGGAAUGGACGCGGAGCACUUUAUUGCCUCCCUCCCACCCCGCAUCUCCGCCUACGCGCUGUGCAGCGACUUUGCCAGGACAUCUCCGCCGUCACCGCACGACACGGAUGACGCGUCGACGCCGCGGCUGCUGCUGACUGCCCAAAACCUAUCGCCUUCGUCCGACGACGACAACGCACACGUCGCUCCGCAGGCCACCGAGGCCACCGACGCGAUAAGUAAAUCCACCCUCCUCGGCCGUGCCACUGGCGACGCCGCACCGCUCGCGUCCUGCAUUAAAACUACCGCCGCGGAUGUGGCGUCUUCCGAAGCCGCGCGGCCCGUAUCGCCGCUGUCGUCGAAGCGGCUCAAGUACGUCAUUCAAUCCGCUACAUUCGACACGGACGACACAGCGGCUACAGCAGACGCCCACGCCAACAGCACGAGCGGGCGUCAGUCCCACCGGUGCAGCAGCGCCAGCCGCACCACCACCCCAAUGGCCGGUGCGGUGUCCUCCUUCGAGUCCCAGCAGCGACGCCGGCGUGAGCGUCACGUCACCUUCGCGUUGGAGCCGGAGGUGCUGGAUGCCCGCCCGCGCUUCAGUGCACACGGGCGCACCAUCGAGCUCUUGGAGCACAUUUGCAGAGAUAAGCAAGUGCAGUGGAGCGGGCUGACGCUGCUGCAGGCGGCGCUGGACGAGCGGAAUGGCGAGCUGGCCGCGAUGCAGGCGAGCUGCAAGGAGCAGCCGGAGGAGGAAGAGGAGCAGCCGGAGUUGCUCGCGCGCGCGGUCACUGCUACUCCGAUUUGCGCCAACAUGCAGAACUUCCACUGCGCGAGUGAGCCGCACGAGACAGACCCCGAUUCCGUUUUCAAGCCCCCGUCUGAUUCUGCCUCCCUUGAGAAGACAAAGUCGACUGGAAAAUGUUGCAAAGUGAAGCCGAAUGAGUGUGCGCAAUGCGUUGUCAUGUGA